AUGAAGGAGAUACUAUCAAGGAAUGACAGAGAGUUCGUACUCUCAUCAAUUGAACAGAGACUUAGAUUGGAUGGUCGAAGAUUGAAUGACAUGAGAUCAAUCAAGAUAUCAUUCGGCAAAUCAUCAGGCAUGGUUGAGGUACAGCUAGGUAGAACAAGAGUAUAUACAACAGUAACAUGUGAAGUGUCUGAACCAAAGCCUGAAAGACCUAAUGAGGGAUUCUUUAUGUUUAGUACAGAGAUAUCACCAAUGGCUAGUGUAUCGGUGGAUUCAACAAGGAGUAAUCCGGCAGAGAUUGAAUUGGGAAGAUUGAUCGAGCGUGGACUGAAAGAGAGUAGAGCGAUUGAUACCGAGUCAUUGUGUAUUGUGGCUGGAUCUAAAGUAUGGACCAUUCGCACCAAUGUACAUGUGUUGGACGACUGUGGCAACCUACUCGACUGUGCCAGCAUAUCAGUGAUCACCGCUCUACUACACUUUAGAAAGCCAGAUGUCACUGUCGUUGGAAAUGAGGCGACCAUUCAUCCAAUUGAAGAGCGUGAGCCUGUGCCCCUGAGUAUUCAUCAUACUCCUAUAUCAAUCACAUUUGGCUUCUUCCCCAAAGGCGCGAUGAUUGUCGAUCCAGAGAGUAGGGAGGAGCAGGUAAUGGAUGGAAAGUUGAGUUUCUUGGUCAAUGUACACAAGGAGAUAUGUGGAGUUUCAAAGGGUGGCGGAAUGUCUACCACAAUAGAGCAGGUGAUUAAGUGUUCAAAGAUUGCGAUCAUCAGGACUGCUGAGGUGACUCAACAGAUCAGAGAGGCAUUGCAUCAGAACGUACAGGCGAGGAGCACCAGUGGAUCACAUUUGAGGCGCAAGUCAUUGCCACUGGAGAUCGUUGAGCACACUGUACCAACGACUCCGCCAUCACAACAACAAUCAAAGCCUCAGACUCAGACAACCACACAGACACAGACACCAAAGCAACAACCAACACAGACACAACCAUCAAAGAAAGUAGCACCGGCAAAGGCAGCACCAGCAGUGACAAAGACAGAUGGCAAACCUAUACCAAAUGCAUUGGAUGUAUUGAUGAAGGAUAGUGUCAAUCAAGAAUCAAUGUUUAGCGAAAAGAAUACAUGGGAUGACGAUAACAAUGACCACAAUGCAAUGCAAGUCGAUGUCCAAGAGACCAACAACAACAACAAGAAGAAUGUAUUGGCCAACAACAAGAAACAGACAAUGGUUGAUAGUGAUAGUGAGGAAGAAGAUGUUGUAGUCAUGACCACUACUCAAGCGACACAGGUGACUCCAACUCCAGCGCCAACUCCAGCACCACCAACUAAACAAACAACAUCUGAGCCCUCUAUCGAUGAAGAGGAAUCAGAAGACCUGUCAGUGGCCCUGCUUAAGAAGAAGCCAUCAGCCAAGAAGAAGGCGGCAACUGGAAAGAAAUAA